AUGUCUGGACGUGGUAAGGGCGGCAAGGGCCUCGGCAAGGGCGGAGCCAAGCGCCACCGUAAGGUGCUCAGGGACAACAUCCAGGGCAUCACAAAGCCGGCGAUCCGCCGUCUUGCCCGGAGGGGCGGCGUCAAGCGCAUCAGCGGCCUCAUCUACGAGGAGACUCGCGGCGUCCUGAAGAUAUUCCUGGAGAAUGUCAUCCGCGACGCCGUCACCUACACUGAGCAUGCCCGCCGGAAGACCGUGACGGCCAUGGAUGUUGUGUACGCCCUCAAGAGGCAGGGCCGCACUCUCUAUGGUUUUGGUGGCUGA